UAAGCUUGGCUUAAAAAUGUCUUAUUUUUCAGUAUUAUUCUGGUACUCAUAUAUUACGCUACUGCAAGUUUAAUAUCGCUCUUCUAUUUAUUCACCUCAUAUUUAGCUGUCUCGUCUGCUCGUGAGCUCAAUUAAUCAUUAACCCUGCAAAAUAUCCAAAUCUAUCAAUAUUAUCCAGAAUCUUCGAAUCUUAACAACUGAUUGAUUUAUUUACUCAGCAAUUUUGAUCCAGCAUGGUUGUAGAAAAUACCGAGUCAGGCGUUACGGAUUUAGUAAACAAUGGGGAAGUUGUGGAAAAACAGGAGGUGAAGGUUGAAUCCGAUGAUUCUAAGAAAGAUUGCUGCGAAACAGUUGCCACAAAAGAAAAUGAAGUAGUGAAACCAGGAAAAUCGACAGAUCUCAUUGAGGAGGCUGACCUUAACGGACAAAAAGAGGUGAAAAAGGACGAAGUGUUAGAAUCGAGUCCAGUACCGAAGCAAGGUGAUGAUUCUGCUGUCGGAGAGAGCAUGAAUAGUGACUCAUUCAUGAGUCCCGACGAGUACGACGAUCACGAUGAAAUACCACUCACGGGGACGAUUUAUCACGGGGACGAUUUAUCUGGAGAGAAGUUGAGUAAAACUAACUUGUAUAUUAGAGGUCUUAGUCCAGAUUUCAACGACCGAAAGCUGUUUGAUUUGUGCAAAAGAUUUGGACAAAUAGUUUCGACUAAAGCAAUUAUGCAUAAGCAGAGCUUAGUGUGCAAAGGUUAUGGGUUCGUGGAUUUCUCGACUGAAGAAGAAGCUAAAAAGGCGGUUAUUGAGUUGCAACAAGAAGGAAUUCCUGCGCAGAUGGCUCGUCAACAGGAACAGGAUUUGACUAAUAUUUACAUUUCAAACUUGCCAAAGGGAUUUGACGAGAAAAAGCUAGAAGAGGUGUUCCAGAAUCUAGGAACUGUAGUCUCCACCAGGAUUUUGAGGGACCAGAGUGGAAAUACGAAACGUGUUGGAUUUGUGAGAAUGGAAACGCAGGAAAUGUGUGAAAAGGUAAUCGCUCAAGUGCAUAAUAAGCCCUUGGAAGGCUAUCCGGAGUGCAAACUGCUGUGCAAAUUCGCAGAUGCGGGAAAGAGACGCAAACCAAUCUACGGAGCUGGCGGGGCUUACGACCAUUAUGAUGCGUAUCAUCAACAUAAUCAUCAUAGCUAUAACUAUUCCAAUCAUCAAAGUGCCUAUACAUCAUACUAUGCCAACUUCCCUAAAGGGUACCAGGGAGCUACCUCCAACUCGCAUCCUUCUGUCAACGGAUCUUCGCCCGCAGGAGUCCCGUGGUCUGCAGCAGCAUCGGGACCCGCAUUCGGUUUGAGUCCUCUUGCAUCCACGGGAGCGCUCAACUACUACAACCUGUUACUUGCUAACUCUGCUUUCGGAGCCGUCCCUAACAACUCGGCCGCUGGUGGUGCUAACUCGCUGCUGUCUGCCAACCCGCUGGCUGCCGCUGCAACCCUGGGAGGUGCACCCUACUUCCAGAAUCAGGCGGCGGCCCAGCAGGUGCAAUUGAACUCGUCAUCUGCCAACGCGAAUAAUGCAAACGUGGCCAAUAGUGCAAUCGGACAUAGUCCCAGCCACUCUGGCUCAUUUCUGGUGAAUUCUGCCGCUAAUCACAACCAAUUUUCCGAAGCUUCCAAUAUGCAUAGUGCUUCCCAGUCUAAUAAUGGAGUGGCAUCUUUAAAUCAGAAUCUCUCUCAUGGACCCAACAGUCAGUCGAACUCCCUUGGUAAUAGCAUGAACGGGGUAGACUUGAAUGCGCUCUAUCAACAACAGUCUACCAAUGCCCAGCAACUAAUCUCAAACUUGUCCCAUUCGAUGAACCAAAUGUCAUUUCCGGGAAGCAAUCAACGCCAUGGACAAACUCAGAACCAAUCAGGAGGCAAUGGUAGGAACGGUGGCAAUGCAUCCAACAUGUUCUACCCCGGACAGGGCCAGGGAAUGAUGAAUGGGGCAUCUUCGCCUCUGGAUGGUGCCCAAAAUGGCGGAUCAAAUGGGUUCCCGGGAAACACUCCCCCGAACGGAGAGGAGUUGCAGCAACAUUUGAAGGUGUCCAACGGUUUCAGUCUGAAUGGAAACUCAAACGGCAAUGGAUUCAAUGGACAUAACCAUUUUUCGGCGUCCGGUGGAAAUGGAAACGGGGGCAUGAAUGGACAACACUAUUGGGCCGCCUUGCAGCAACAGGGUGCGGCGGCCGCUGCCGCAGUUCCAAACAGCGCCGCUGUGGCCGCAUACGCAGCAGCUCUGGCCUCUCAGAAUGCAGCUGGAGGUCUCCAGAUGAAUGGGAACGGAGGCACUGGAUCCAACGGGGACCACUUGGGAGGACCUGCGUCACAAUCUGGUGCAAAUGCAAACAGCUUGCAUAUGAUGUCGAUGGGAAGAAACGGACCCAACGUGUCAUCUUCUUCAGGCCAGCUUCAAUAUUAGCUGCUCAACGUCUAAACCUUAAAUGAUAUUAGUCUAAGGUGUUUUCUAUGAUGCUUGGAAGUAUAAAUGACGGUUGUAGGAUUGCCUGCGGGUGAUUUUGAAGUGUGCCGUGCAGUAAUUAACUCAGCGGCAGUUUUGCAGACCUAAAAGAGAGGAGACUUUAGCCUCAGUAGCUACUAUGUACUGUAGAUUUCGUUAGACCACAAAAUGGACUUUAAGAAAGAGUUACAAAUUAUGUCAGCAAAUGUUUAUUAUAAUAUUUCAUGCGCUUUGAUGUCUUUAUUUUCUUCGGAGCAGAAGUUUACAAAUAUUCUAUCAAACUUUUCUUCAGCUUGGCUCAUCCGAUGAGUCAUGCAACCACUCUUUUUCUCAUCUCACACAUUCCGCGAAAGACUUAUCAGUGUUCUUCAAAUUUUUAUCUUUUCGGUUUCGGGGCUUUUCUGCUCACUGUAAAUGUCAAAUUUUCUAUACUUCAUUUUGUUUGAGCUGUUUUGUUCACCGCAAAGAACAUGACAAAUUAUCUCAACUGGGCAUAUGCUAAAGUAUGGCCUACGCAAAUUUAUAUUUUUCAUUUCUGUUGAAUUUGAUCAAUUUGCCAAAUUUCUUUUCCAGAUUCUCGAUUUGCUUUGUGACUGGCUAAAAAGUUUUAUCUCGAUUUAUGUUGUGUCGUCGUGACUUGAUACAGGACCCCUAACAGUGACCUUUUAGUUAUUGAUAGUCAGAAUCGUGUUAAGGGUCCAAUCUUAUAAAUUUGUAUUUCUUCAAUUUCAUUUCUUUGAUAUAAUCUUGAUUCAAUUAUUUCUUGUGAUCAUUUUUGAAGCCGUUUAAAAUCGAAUACUUUGACCAAAUUUCCUUCUGUUGCUAAUCGAACUCGUUUUGUGAUUUCGUAUUGACGGGCAUCAGGAAUUGCUAAUCGUCAUAGCUCGCUCUCCUUUUCUUUCGAAGUUGCAAACUUAGUUUGAUUCGGUUUUUCAUUUUGAAGAUGUUGUAAAUUGGAGUCUGUUAUAUUGUCUUUGUCCAAAAGAACUCUUUGUCAGAAUUUAUAUUUUACAAAUGAUCUAUUUUGCUUUGAUCUACCUCUUCAAUUCAUAUUUGCUUUGAUCUCUCAAAACUACGUGUUACUAAAAUUAAAAUGUAACUGAAGUUCAAGUUUGAAAACGGUUUCACGUUGUUUGAAAUUUAGUAGGCGACGAAUGUUUGAAAUUGUUUGUCGCCCGUCGUUUAAUUUCGCCCGAUUAAUUUGAUCACCAAUUGUUGAUUGUGGGUAAUUUUUCUGAAUUUACAUUUUUAUUCUA